GGUGACUUGCCUCUGUGAAAAUCCCCUGUAAGACUGACGAGGCAUUUGGUAUACCAGUCUUGCCAAAUCUUUUAGGUUAGUUACUUUAGUCUGACCGGUGAGAUCUUGGAUCAUUUGCUCAAAAAGACAAAUAGUUGGACGAAAUAGAGACAAAUAGUUGGAAGACACCGCAUGUGGCACCAUCUGUGAACUCUUUAAAGUGGAUACCUGCUUUUGGCAUAAAGGAUAAUUUAUUUGGAGUAUUUUGGAAAUGUAUUCUGGGAAAAAUCUAAGGAAUCUUUGCCCCAUCUUGCUGUUUAUUGUCUGUUCUGCUAAGGCAGAGGUGGUCAGAGGCUGUUCUCGACCCUGCUCUUGCCCUCCAUCUCCGCCCUCUUGCCCUGUUGGAGUGAGUUGGGUGUUAGAUGAGUGCGGUUGCUGUAAGGUGUGUGCACAGCAGUUUAACCAAGACUGUGGACCCGACCGGCCCUGUGACCACAUCAAGGGCCUGCGUUGCCAUCUAGGGGCUGGAGGAGACCCUCGACGUGGUCUCUGUAGAGCUGACGCACAGGGACGUCCGUGUGAGUUUGGAGGUCGUAUGUAUCAGCACGGGGAAGACUUUCAACCCAGCUGCCAGCACCAGUGCAGCUGUAUGGACGGUGUGGUGGGCUGUAUGCCCCUCUGCCCACACAACAUCCUCCUCCCCACGAGACACUGUGCCAAUCCACGUCUUGAGACCCCACCAGGUCGGUGUUGCGAGGAGUGGGUUUGUGACGAUGACAACACCAUCAAGGAAGACACACUGGAUAGUCGCUCUCAUCACAGCCCAACCAAUCACAUUAGCAAACUCAUACAGUCGAGACUGGGCUCCUUACAAGAGUGGGAUUCCUUACCAGUGUCUCAGGUUCCAUUUCCAUUCCCUAAAUGCUUCCCACAGACCACCGACUGGACAGAAUGCUCCGCCUCCUGUGGGUUUGGGAUCUCGAGUCGUGUGACCAAUAAUAAUGCAGAGUGCAAGCUUGUUAGAGAGACACGCCUUUGUCAGAUCCGAAAAUGUGCACCUCCAGCUUUGAAGAAAGGAAAGAAGUGUCGACAAUCGGUGAGGUCUCGGAAACCAGAGCAGAUUACAUUUGCUGGAUGCACCACAGCUCGACGUUACCGGCCUCGCACGUGCGGCUCCUGUGUGGACGGCAGGUGCUGUCAGCCGUCUGCAUCCCGCACAGUGCGUCUGCGAUUCCUCUGCGCAGACGGAGAGACCAUCACGCGCAACGUCAUGUGGAUCCAGCGCUGCCGCUGCAGCAAACAUUACUGUGGAGCUCAAAGAGAUCGCUCGCCCACCGUCAGUCUUCACAAUGACAUACACACCUUCUCUCAAUGAGCAAUUCUCAUGACCAUUUUCCUCACAAAAACACUCCAGAUGCUAAAACCUCAUUCUAACACUGCAAAUAUGCAACUCAACAGUAAUUUACAGUAACUUAGUGACUCAACAGUAUCUUACUGUAACUCAACAGUUACACACAUCCAAACUCGGACAAAUAACUUGCUAUCAUUCCUCAACGACUGAAGCCUCAUUCUCACAUUGCAACAAUUAAAAGUAGCUCUUAAAGUAGCUCAACAGCAGCAAACCGUCAUAACCAAUUCUCUCAAACACUAAAUAUAUCACUCACCUUAUUUCCUAAAUAUUAAAGUAGCAUGUUGGCUGGGAAGGUUCCUGGACUAUAAAGUAAAUGAACUGGAUAUGUUUUUCCUCUUUAAGCUACUGUUUCCUAGAGGAUCUUUAUUAUCUGAUCUUUUCAGUAAAUAUAUUUUGAUGUAGUCAGUAUAUUUUGCCAUGUCAGGCCAUCAACUAUUAUGUAUAGAAAAUGUGCACUUUAUUUCUCCCUGCAGGCCCUGCACUGUAAAAAUUUAGCUGUAAUUAUGCAGCUGGUUGCCAGUAACUUACUGUAGAAGAUAAAGACUACAAAUGUUUCCUGUUCAUUUAACUUUAAACAAACUGUUGCCAGUAAAUAGCAUAAAUGUAAAAUCUACAGUAAGUUACUGGCAGCUUGUUGCCAGUAAUACCCAGUAAUACUGUAAUUUCUACAGAAUUUUUUACAGUGUGUUCUAUAAAUACUGUAGGAUAAAAACUUCACAUUUCAAAGCGAAUUAUAAAAUGAAAAUAUAUUUCACAUGAAAAAAAUUGUGUAUGUUUCAAGAAAAAAAAAGAUUUUGUAUAUUGUGACAUUAUUUUUAGCCCAUUUAUUCCCACCCUACAUUUCUUGAAAUUAAUUUUUAAGUAAAAUCAACUUAGAUUUACAAGUCGUUUCAACUUACUAUUUUCUAUCUUGAGUAGUAAUAAGUUGCUGUGUCUUAUAAAAUAAAAUUCAAUUAGCUUAACUUAUUUCAACUUCAUUGUGUAAAUUAUAGAAACUCAUUACUAGAAAAAAAAGUUUAAAUGACUUGUAAAUAUAAGUUGACUAUACUUAAAAAUUGUAGGCAACCAGAAUGUGCAGUGUUCUUGUAUACACUGUAAAAAAUCCUUGUAUCAAUUCAUUUAAACUUUCUUGACUAGUGAGGAGUUGUUAUAUAUUGUCAAAAAAAAUUGAAUUAGUUUGUUAUUUCAACUUUUUUUUAUAAAUUAUAGCAACUCUACACUAAAAAGUUGAAAUUAAUUGUAAUUUCAAAUUGAUUAAACAAACAUUUUUUACAGUGUAUACAGUAUUUCAUUAUCCUAUAACAGUAGGGAGAAAAUAAUAUGUUUUUAUGAAUUACAGUAAUAAAAAUUGGGGAAACUGAUUAAUUUUAAUGAAAAUAAUGUCACAAUACAAAUUGUGUGGUCUUAAUUAUUUAAGUCCAAUUUUAUAUAAGUAAAAUUUAACCUGGUUUUAUAAAAUUCAUCCAAUUUUUUAAAGCUAUUUUCCAGAUAUAAUCUUACAGUUAUUUCACAAAUCAAUUACUAUUGUAAGCCCACAUCUUAUAGCUUUCCACUUUGAUUUAUUUAUUCCAGUGCUUUGAAUUUCAAAGUGUUCAAUUGCAUUUUGCUUUUGAUGAGUGACUACCUGUCGUUGUUGAUGGGUUAGAGAAUGCACUAGAUUGCUAUGACUAGGGACAUGUGAUUAUGUUACACAACAUUUAGCAUUGAGUGUGUUACCAAACAGUUUUAUCUAAUAUUUUUGUUUCUAAGCUAAUAUAUUUUCUGUGUAUCCUUUAAACUGCUGAGUUUGUACUCAUAUGCUAGAUGUCUUUCCCAAUUUUUUGUGUGUCUGAAUGUAUAUGAAAAGAAAAUGCAGGACAUAGACAGUAUGUUUUAGCACAUGUGUGUUCGAGUGCAUAAAUAGGAAAGCAGAGACUAUGAAUUGUUUUGUUCUUGUACAGUGUACAGGCUUCACUGUUAUGUGGAGACUCUUUUAAGACUGCUUCAUUUUUCGGGGCAUACGUUCAUUUCUAGACGCUCUCUUAUAUUGGAGUGAACAGCUAUUUGUAUAGUUAUGGUAUCUGAUAUAUUUGAGGCUCAAAAAAUAAACAUUUUUAGAAA